AUUUCGUUUCGAACGCGAGAACCGUGCGGACGUGUGCGGUUGAAACAGGAACCGAAACAGCGGCCACCGAAAAAUUAGAAGAGACCACUAAGAAAUAGAAACAAUUAAUGUGAAGCCCCGACCCCUCUGCAAUUUUGAGUCAAUUGUGUGCCUAAAACUAAACAAACAAAUCUGACAAUUUUUGUUGAAUUUUUUUAUUGUGUUUGACUACAUAGCGUAAGCAAGUGCAAGUUCUUAAAAAAAAAAAAAAAUAAAACACAAAAAUUCAAAAGUCCUGGAUUAUUUUGAAUUUUGCCAAACUUCAAAGACAACAACAAAAGCGGCAGGCUCGACUAACGGUGAACAGCCAAGUGAAAUCUCGCAAGGCAACAACAAAAAGAAAAACAGAAAUCAGCAAAAAGAAAAGAAAAAGCAAAGUCAGACAGAAGAAGAAGCAGCACCAGCAGUACCAGCAGCAGCAAGUGCAAGAGAGCAAAAAGAGCUCGCAAAAGAGAGCGUAUGUGAGCCGAGUGGUGUGACUUCCUUGUUUCAAAUAAUUUAUCGAAAAUCACUCGAAUCAAAAUUAAAUUGCAAAUCAAAGCAGCAAAGUUGUUUUCUGUCUGUCAAAGAAAACCACAUAAACAAGCCAGCAAACAAGGCACACACUUGCUUGAAAAACGCACAAUGACCUUGCCCACAAACACACACGCAUCUGCAAACGACGGCGGCAGCGGCAACAACAACCACAGCAAUAUCAGCAGUAACAACAGCAGCAGCAGCGACGAAGACUCAGACAUGUUUGGACCACCCCGCUGCUCCCCGCCCAUCGGCUAUCACCAUCACCGUUCCCGUGUGCCCAUGAUCUCGCCAAAGCUGCGGCAGCGCGAGGAGCGCAAGCGGAUCCUCCAGCUCUGCGCCCACAAGAUGGAGAGGAUCAAGGACUCGGAGGCGAACCUGCGGCGCAGCGUCUGCAUCAACAACACCUACUGCCGCCUGAAUGACGAACUGCGGCGCGAGAAGCAGAUGCGCUACCUCCAGAAUCUGCCCAGAACCAGCGACAGCGGCGCAAGCACCGAACUGGCGCGUGAGAAUCUCUUCCAGCCGAACAUGGACGACGCCAAGCCGGCCGGCAAUAGCACUAGCAAUAAUAUCAACGCCAACGGCAAGCCUUCAUCCUCUUUUGGCGAUGCCUUUGGCUCCUCAAACGGAUCAUCGUCGGGUCGCGGCGGAAUUUGCUCCCUGGAGAAUCAACCGCCCGAGCGUCAGCAGUUGGGGACGCCCGCUGGUGCCUCCGCUCCCGAGGCGGCCAAUUCGGCGCCCCUUUCCGUUUCGGGCUCGGCAUCGGAACGCGUGAAUAACCGAAAACGCCACCUGUCCAGCUGCAACUUGGUCAACGAUCUGGAAAUACUGGACAGGGAGCUGAGCGCCAUCAAUGCACCCAUGCUGCUAAUCGAUCCAGAGAUUACCCAAGGAGCCGAACAGCUGGAGAAGGCCGCCUUGUCCGCCAGCAGGAAGAGAUUGAGGAGCAAUAGCGGCAGCGAGGACGAAAGUGAUCGCCUGGUGCGCGAGGCUCUGUCCCAGUUCUACAUACCGCCACAGCGCCUCAUCUCCGCCAUUGAGGAGUGUCCCCUGGAUGUGGUUGGCUUGGGUAUGGGAAUGAAUGUGAAUGUGAAUGUGGGAGGAAUUAGUGGAAUCGGUGGCAUCGGAGGAGCUGCAGGCGCUGGCGUCGAAAUGCCCGGAGGCAAACGGAUGAAGCUGAAUGACCAUCACCAUCUCAAUCACCAUCACCAUUUGCACCAUCAUCUGGAGCUGGUCGAUUUCGACAUGAACCAAAACCAAAAGGAUUUCGAGGUGAUCAUGGACGCCUUGAGGCUGGGAACGGCGACACCGCCGAGCGGCGCCAGCAGCGAUUCUUGCGGACAGGCGGCGAUGAUGAGCGAGUCGGCCAGCGUGUUCCACAAUCUGGUGGUCACCUCGUUGGAGACAUGAAAGUACCAGUGAAUCCCCGAGCAGCAGACAAAGAUUAAAAUGUUUAGAUUUUAUAUAAGACAUUUGCAUACCGUUUUUAAGCGAACAUUUAGGCUAUGACCCAUAUGCUAAUCUCUAAGCUAUUAUUAUAUAGGAAGGAGCAGGAAGAUGAUCGGGCGGAUUGGCCAGUAUUACUCAUUAAUGGCAGUCGCGAUUUGUACAAACAAAAAUACACAAAAAAUUAGUUGUAGGCAAUUGAAAAAAAAGGAAGAAAAAAAAAAACAAAAAUCAAAGAAUUUGUAGUCAAAACAGCAGAAACAAACAAAAAACCAGAACAAUCUAUAAGUUAAAUUUAAAAAGCAAGGAAAAUCAACUCCAUACUUGUUAACAAAUCGACAAAAAUUCAGUUGUGGUUUCCAUUUCGGUUUCGCAGAGAUGUCCGUUUAAUUCAAAAUACUAAAUACUUCCAAUUAAACGAAAAACUAUGUAUAUGAUGUACAUAUAUAUGCCAGUGACAUUCCACAUUGCUAUCCUUACUGAAUUUUUGUAUUAUCCACACUAAUCCCUAUCCAUUGGAUGUUCUAAAAUAUCUCACACACGACGAGUGUCAAAAAAAAAAUGUCUUGCGUUGAGAAAUAUGCGUACAUACAAAUAUAGUGUUUACAGAAAACCUCCGAAGUUCUCCUAGUCAUACAAAAAAAAAAAAAAAAAAAAAAAACCAACUAACUAACGAAAGAGAACACACCAACCACGCUAUCCCAAACAAAUUCUAAACAAAAAAAAAACAAACAAUGCAAGGUUUCAUUUAUUAAAUUCCAAAUGAAUUUCGUUUAUUAAGCUUAAUUGGUUCACACUUUUUGGCCUGUGCACAAAUACAAAGGAUGAAGACAAUGUUCUAAUAAGAAAACUGAGACAUGAAAGCAAGUUAAAAUAGCAAUUAAAACAACAAAAAAACAAAAAACCACAAAAUAUUAUACAAAAAAGUGCAAUUAGAAUUUUUUAAAAUAUUGAUGAAAGCAAGCCUCAAAAACAAAAACAACAAAAGUGCAUUCAAAAAAGAUUUAAACACAAAUCGGGCAAAUUAACAAAUUAUAAAAGUAAUAAUUAGUAGUAAUAUAUAGUAGACAAAGUAAGACAAACAAGCAAAAACCACAAAAAAAAAACGAAAAUUUUUUCUUCGAAAAAAAUUACGGCUGUGAUAGAAUUUUAAGUUUUUGGCUAAACAAAAAAAGAAGAGAAGAAAUGAAAUGAAAUGAAAUGGAAAGAAGGAAUAAACCACAAAAAAUUAACAUUUAAAGUACUAUAAAAUAUACCAGGCAUUAAAUCAUGAAUAUUAUGAUCUAUAUGUGUAAACGAACAUUUAGUAUUUGUAAGACAGAAGAAGAAGAAAACAAACUAAUCGAGUAGAAGAAAAGCGCGUGCUGUACUUUCUUUCCGCUCGCGCGAGAGAAGCGAAAGAAAGAGAGAAUCCCUCUCGACUUGCGCUCGCUUGGCUUUCAUUGAUUUUAUAUAUAGAUAUAACAUAUUUUUUGCAUUUUCUAUAAGUCGCCUCGCCUCGCCUAAGCUUUCGAUUUCGUUUUCGUUACACGUUUCACGUUCCUCGUUCCUCGCUUUUGUUUUCGUUUGCGUUCGCGUUCGCGUCUUUUUUGGCCCAGAAGAAAGCAGACCACAAACACAAGCAAUCUGUUCCGUUCCCCCAAAUGGAGUUAGUUCCAUGGGUAGUACGAGUAUAUCUAUGUAUAUACCUUUUUUUUUUUUAUAUAAGUCAAAGACUCGAGACUCUAAGAAUCUAGAGAGCAGGUCCUUCAUCGAUUGAAUGCCUUUCCCAUUUUCCACAUUUUCCCCAUUUCCCCAUUUGCGUUGCCCCCGUCGACUUUUGUUAAUGCUUAAGUUUUUUUUUAUGAUAUGAUAUGAUAUGAUUAUUUUUGAUAUGUUUAUGUAAUUAUCGUUCGUUUUACUAGAAGAAUUACUUAGCCGUUUACGUUUAGUGAACUUAUCCGUAUGUAUUUCCAUUAUAGUUUAUAUUCCUACAUAUGCAGACUACAUGGAUGAACCAAUAUACCAAUAUACAUUAUACAUACAUACAUACAUAUAUAGUGCUCUGCCCGAUCGCGUAUUGAUCGCGCCGCAGGCGAACUAUGGAACAUUCAAAGCUAUGCAACAAAUGCAAAAUAAAUUAUACAAAAAAAAAAAAAAGUCCAAAGAAUCCAUGUUUUCAUUUCGUUCCGUUGAUUUCGUAGAUGGUUGAGAAGAUUUCACGUUAACUGCUAUUUUGGUUUGUAUGUUUGCGUCUUUUGUGUUAUGUCCUUGCUAUCAGUUGUUUUUUUUUUUUUAGCUCCUUUUCAAUCGAAGUUGCCCCCACCCCACCCCCACUUAUUGGCCAGAUGAAUUGUUUUAUGCCGAUGGCUCACAUUGAUAACGCUGUGAUUGCCCAAUUUCAAUUCGCCGCUGCGUGCGUCUGUGAGAUCAUCGUCGCAGCUUUCGGCUGUGGUUGACCUAACCAGGGUCAAGCUGCCCUGCCUGCUGCUGGCUUUGUAUUUUGUUUAUACAUAUUUGGGGGUCAGAUUUAUUGAAAGCACAGCGAUGAUGAUCAACACUCGAAACUGUUCCGUUCCGUUGACUGCAUUCCGCUCCGCGGGCUGUGUGUGCUCUUGUGUUUUCGCUUUGAAUGCCAAAUUAUUGGAUCGACGCUCUCCGGCUUUUAGAUGGGUCUUUGCCUUUGGCUUUGCCUUUGCCUUUGGCUUUGGCUUUAGCUUUCGGGCUUGGGAUUUCGGUUUUUGGCCAAUGCCCAAUGCCGUACUCGUUCAACGACUCAUGAUAUCUGGCCUUGGCUAAAUUGACUUGUUGACUUGUCCAGUGCGGCGGAAUCGCAUUAGCACGCGGGGAUGGUUUGGAUUUUUGGGAUUUAUGGGGAAAAUAUGCGAUAUGCGACUUCCUGUAUUGUUGUAGUUUAAUUUGAUAUUUUCAUUUUUUUCAUUUGAUUUUACGCAUAGUCGCAGUGCGGAAAGAAUUGGGGGAACAGGAAGGAACUUUUGAGGUACUCAAAAUGGGCCACUUAUGAUUUGCCAACUGAAUAAUACCUCUUACUCUAUGGACCAGUCUCUUUAGCACAUACACAUACAUACAUGCAUACAUGCAUACAUACAUACAUAUAUACAACUCUAUAUAAGCUUGAUUUCCGAUCAAUGAAUCGUGUAGUCGGCAAGUUGGAAAACACCGCUUUCCACUUUCGUUUUUGAUUUGAAUGUUCCAAAUGAUUUAACUUCAUAGAGUUUCUAUAUAUAUAUAUAUAUAUAUAUAUACAUAUAUUUAGUAUAUACAUACAUGUAGAGGAGUUAAGGAUACAUAAGUGCUUUUUAAUGGAAUAUAUAGACCGCAACAGAGAAAUUACCACUCACAAUGUGAGGACAAGUAAAAUUGUAUUUGAAUGACAAAUGACAAACAUAUGAUCUAAUUAUACAGAGCCUAGAUGUACGUAUUGUAUUUAUUAUGAGUUGCUUUUAGUGUGAUAAUUCAUUAGCGAUGGUCAUCAUAAGUGAACAAUUUGCAAAUAAAUUCUAAGAAAAGC